AUGAAAGAGAUUGCUGCUUAUAAAAAGCUUUCUGCAAAAAAAUUCAGGACAAUCGUUCCGCAGAUGUUUCAAUAUGGAUAUCUAUCACAUCCAAAUUUAGUCAAGGAAAAACAUUUAACGAAUUUUAAUCAAUCAAAUGAUCAUGAAAAUCUUCAAAUGGCUGGUUUGUUUCUUGAAACCAAAUAUUUGAAAACCAACGACAUGAAGCACGUAACAAGUAAGAAAGUUAAGAAAAUGAUGAUUAAAUCACUUGGGAAUUUGUAUCUAAUUCACUCUUCCGGAGUGGUUCAUUGCGACAUUCAUUCAUUGAAUGUGGUAUACAACGAAGAACAAAAUGCUUUUUAUUAUAUUGAUUUUGGCAGCUCUUCGAUUAACAAUGAUAGAAAUCUUGAAAACCAACAAAAUCAUAAGCAAGCCAAGUCGGAUGAUAAACAAUUAGAUGAGUUUUUGUUUUAUUGCUGGUUAGAUUAUUUAUCAUUAAUUGACCUCUUGUGCGAUUGUACCAAUUACAUCGACAUUGAUUGUGAGUUUGUGGAAAAUCAGAAGAAAGUAAUCACUGAAAUUGCAAAUAAAUAUUACAAUAUUGAAAAGGAAUUAAAACCACCAAAACCAACAAUCGUGAAAAAGGAACAAAAACGAAAAAGGCACAAUAUGGAUCAGUUAGACCGAAAACAGCUUAAACAAGCUUAA